AUGGGUUGUGACCAUUCCCAGGCACCGAUGAUAUCUGAUCACCAAAAAUCUUGUCUGGCUCGAUCAUUCAGUUUUCCAAGUGUUCAGAUCGAAGAACUCGACGAAGAGACCAGUCGUAUACGUGACUCACGACCACGCCGUUUGUCCCGAUCACUUCCUCGAGUUGAUGAUCAGUCUAAUUCAGCCGCUCCGGUUCGUCGUCAGCCACAUCCUCUCGCUCUGCAGGCAAUUGGAUUUCGAUCCGUGUUUGGAGGUCGAACAACGCGUUUGCCGGAAUGGCCUCCACCUGACCCUCCGCCGCUAACUCCACUCCCGCUAGGCAUUGGUCGAAAUAUUAUAACUCUACCGCGUGAUACGGCUGCAUCUCCCAUAUGGCCUCCAAGACCUUGGUGGAGGCGACAUGGUCCGAAUCGACUGGGCACCCCGGUA